AUGGAAUUUGCUACAAGAACGAUAUCACAACAAAAGAAUUAUUGUAGCAACAAUCAUUCAAAGAAUUCUAAAUCAACCAAUCCUUCAGCGACAGAAAUAAGGACACUCCAUGAUGUUACUUUUGAAGGAUUGCUGGCACUGAAGAAUGUGGGACUCGAAACUGAUUCAUGGUCGCCGCUACUGCUUCAUAGUUUGCUCCUCAAACUAGAUAAGCAGCCUCGCAUUUUGUAUGAACAGUCGCUGACUCACCCAAGAGAGAUUCAGUCGAUUAAGGAGUUCAUGGUUUUCCUGGAAUCACGAUUCCAGUCCUUAGAGGCGAUUGGCCAUAGGGAGAAGCCAUGCUCAGCAAAAACCCUUGCCACAACUAUGGGAAAGGCAAAUAUAUACACCUGUAAGUUCUGUAAUAAUGGAUCACAUCCGAUAUAUUAUUGCAAAACAUUCUUGCAAUCAGCACCACAAUGUCGUAUCAAGACAGUACAAAAACUUAGACUGUGCUUGAACUGCUUACGUACAGGCCAUAGGGCAGCAGAAUGCAAAAGUUCCCGGUGCAACAAGUGCAGCAAGGACCACAAUUCGUUGUUGCACUUAUCAGAGUCUUCCAAGACAACACACAAAUCGAUCAAUGUCAAAUCAGAUUCAUCGGUUGAGAAACCCGGUCAUCAACCUUCUACUGUAAUCACAGCAUUAACACAAAAAAAGGGAUACGUUCUUCUUAGUACAGUUAAUAUGAAAAUAGCUACGUUUGAUGGUAAUUUCAUUGAGUGCAGAGCAAUACUCGAUUCUGGAUCACAAAUAAACUUAAUCACAGAAAAACUGGCAAGAAAAUUUAAAUUGCAGUUACAUUCAUCACCGUUAUGGAUAGAAGGAAUUGGUAGAAGCAAAAGAGACACAAAAUACAGUCCCAACCAACACAGUGUCUGGACACUUCCUGAGAAUAUAAAAUUGGCUGAUCCAGACUUCGCGAAUCCAAAUCAAAUUGACUUAUUAAUUGGAGCAGAAUUCUAUCACAGCUUUUUAUCGAUUGGUCAAAUCAAAAUAGGUGAGGGUCUACCUGCACUUCAGAACACGGUUUUCGGAUGGAUAUGCAGUGGCAAAGUUAGCAACGGUAAUCAAAAAUUACUUACCUGUGGCAUGUGCAGCGAAGCUGACGACGAAGCAUUGGAUAAUAUACUUACUAAAUUCUGGCAAUUGGAGGAAAUCAAUCAAACGGAUGACAAAUUCACUGAUGCAGAAAAGAAAUGUGAAAAAUCUUUUGCUCAAAAUACUCACCACAAUUAUGAAGGGCGAUUUGUCGUGAAACUACCAUUUAAGGAGGAUACAACUGUUCUUGGUGAAUCCAUGCAGAUGUCGAUGAAUCGGUUUUUUAGUCUUGAACGUUGGCUGUUGAAGAAUUCUGAACUAAAGAAGAUGUACGUUGACUUCAUGCGAGAGUACGAACAUCUCGGCCACAUGGAAAAAAUCAAUCAGGAUGAUAUAAUGCAUCCACAUUACAUUUUGCCACAUCAUUGUGUAAUCAAGGCAGAUAGUACUACAACAAAGCUUCGAGUGGUGUUUAAUGCAUCUGCAAGAACAUCAACCGGAGUCUCACUCAAUGAUAUCAUGCAUAAUGGUCCAGUCGUGUAG